UCUCUGAGAGGUGAAAUGGCGCAGCAAGGAAUUCAGCUGGACCAAGAAAGGCUUUGCUGUUCGAUCUGUCUGGAUCUACUGAAGGAUCCAGUGACUAUUCCCUGUGGACACAACUACUGUAUGAAAUGUAUUAAAAGCCACCGGGAUGAAGAGGAUCAGAAGAAAAUCUACAGCUGUCCUCAGUGCAGACAGACAUUUGGACCGAGGCCUGCCUUGGUGAAAAACACCAUGUUAGCAGAUUUAGUGGAGGAACUGAAGAAGGCAGGACUCCACUCUGCUCCAGCUGAUCAUUGCUAUGCCGGACCUGAAGAUGUGGCUUGUGAUUUCUGCACUGGGAGAAAACUGAAAGCUCUCAAGUCCUGUCUGCAGUGCGUGGUCUCCUACUGUGAGCAGCACCUCCAGCCUCACUAUGAAGUUGUUCAAUUCAAGAAUCACAAGCUGGUGGACCCCUCAAAGACGCUUCAGGAGAGCAUCUGUACUCGUCACAAUGAGGUGAUGAAGAUAUUCUGCCGCACUGAUCAGCAGUGUAUCUGUUAUUUGUGCUCUAUUGAUGAACAUAAAUUCCACGACACAGUCUCAGCUGUAGCAGAAAUGACUGAGAGGCAGAAAGAGCUUGGGACGAGUCGACAAAAGAUCCAGCAGAGAAUCCAGAACAGAGAGAAAGAUGUGAAGGUGCUUCAGCAGGAGGUGGAGGCUAUCAACUGCUCCGCUGAUAAAGCUGUGAGGGACAGUGAUGAGAUCUUCACAGAUCUGAUCCAUCUCAUAGAGAAAAGAAGCUCUGAUGUGAAGCAGCAGAUCAGAUCUCAGCAAAAAAGUGAAGCGAGUCGAGUCAAAGAGCUUCAGAAGAAGCUAGAGGAGGAGAUCUCUGAACUAAGGAGGAAAGACGUUGAGCUGGAGCAGCUGUCACACACAGAGGACCACACCCAGUUUCUACAGAACUACCCCUCACUGUCAUGUCUUAGUGACUCUACUGACUCAUCCAGAAUCAAUAUCUGCCCUCUGCAAUACUCUAAGGAUGUGAUGGCAGCUGUGUCAGAGGUAAGAGAUAAACUACAGGACAUUUUGAGUGAGGUAUCCACCAGGAUCUCAUUGGCAGGGACUGAGGAUGUUUUACUGCCACAGGCAGAACUCGAGACCAGAACUGAUUUCCUCAAAUAUUCAUGUCAAAUCACACUGGAUCCAAAAACAACAAGCACAAAGCUGUUGUUCUCUGAAGGGAACAGGAAAGCAACAGUGGCGAGAGCAUCACCAUUCACACGACUGAGUAUGUCAGUACAGUUACACUCUAGUCCCCCAGGUUCACACAGUAGCAUUAAUAGUCUUCAGGUCCUGAGCAGAGAGACGUUGACUGGACGAUGCUACUGGGAGGUGGAGUGGAUUGGGUUUACAGUUUCAGUUGCAGUCACAUACACACAUAUGAGAAGACCAGUCUAUGAAAGUGGAUUUGGGAACAAUGACGAGUCCUGGGCAGUAUAUUGUUCGAGUGACGGUUAUGAAUUCAGACAUAACAACAUCAAAACCUCCAUCUCAGGCCCUCUGUCCUCCACAGUAGGAGUGUACCUGGACCACAGUGCAGGUAUUCUCUCCUUCUACAGCGUCUCUGGAAACAUGACUCUCCUCCACAGAGUCCAGACCACAUUCACUCAGCCUCUCUAUGCUGGACUUUGGGUUAAUUAUGGAUCCACAGCGGGGCUCAAGUAGACAGAAAGUAUUGAGAUGUUUUUCUUUGUUACUCGCUUCUCUUUGAUGUGCUGUUUCUGCACUUCCCACUUCCCAUGACCUGAUUAUCACCACUUUGCUGUCUCCUGCCUUUGAUUAUGUGUCGAUAUAUUUUAAGUUUCUGAAAGUUUUGGUUGAAUCAUAAGCAUUUUUAUCUUAAACAGAGUUUUUGCCAUUAAUAUUGAGGAUGCUGGCAAUAGUUAUUGAAAGCAUAUUCUGUAGUGUUGAAAGUAUGAAAUGAUAUAUACAUUUUUUAAUUAAAAAAAACAAUGAAACUAAAACUGCAAUGUCCACAUUAGCUGAAACAAUUCAUGAAUUAAUCUGCAAAUAUUUGGACCAUCAAUAAAUAAUUUAAGUUUUAUUUGGGCAUAUUUGGGUCUUGUGGGGUUGUAAACUGAAUGUGCUUUGGGAUAUAGGCUGUCACUAGUACAAAACAAAAAAAUUAGAGUAUCACCUUGGACGUUAGAAAAUACUGGACAAUGCAAGUCAAAAUUUCCUAUGAAUUAACUUAACGAAAAUUGCUACCCUAAUAUACGUAUUAACAAAAGUGUAGUACGUGUCACUGUCAUUACUUUGAUAUUUUUUCAACACAGUGAUAACAUACUGGUUUAACAGACGAAGUGAAUAUGUAGAUAGAACUCCCACUGAUUGCAUUUGAACAAAAUCAAAA